AUGGCCCGGCCGAGGGGGGCAGGGGCCCUGCCCACCCCAAAGCGUUGGGUCCUACCAGUCCCGGGCUCCGCCUUCGGGAGGCGGCGGGAAAAGUUUGGGAAAAGGGGCCGGGAAGCCGGGUUCGGAAAACAAGGAAAGAGCAACUCGGACCAGAGGGAGUCCGUGGAGGGCCGGGAAUUGGGGACCAAGGCCUCUGGGGAGCUGGGACCAGUAGGCCUACUGGUCCAGGAGAGGCGAGGUGUGGGGGGUUCCUCCCCCCCUGGGACCCCCGGAACCCAGGCCGACCCCCGACCAGGCCGCCGAGCUCCGCGACUUAGUGCCCCGCCGCCCUUUAGACUCCCAGACUUGGCCUCCCGUCCCACCGGGCCUCCCUCCGACAGGGCCUCCGGGCCCGGCGGCGGCAGGACGGACCACGGAGGGGGCCGGAUUGCCGCAUGCCCAGUGGGCUCAGAGCCGGAGCCCGGAGCAGCCAGCACAAUAGCGUCCAACAGCUGGAGCGCCAGUGGCAGCCCCGGCGAGAGCCGGGACGAUGGGGCCGAGGGCCUGGACAAGGGACUGGACAAUGACGCGGAGGGGGUGUGGAGCCCUGACAUCGAGCAGAGCUUCCAGGAGGCACUCGCCAUUUACCCACCAUGCGGCCGCCGCAAGAUCAUCCUGUCAGACGAAGGCAAGAUGUACGGCCGCAAUGAGCUGAUCGCCCGCUAUAUCAAGCUGCGGACUGGGAAGACGCGGACAAGGAAGCAGGUGUCCAGCCACAUACAGGUUCUAGCACGGAAGAAGGUGCGGGAGUACCAGGUUGGCAUCAAGGCCAUGAACCUGGACCAGGUCUCAAAGGACAAGGCACUACAGAGUAUGGCGGCCAUGUCCUCUGCCCAGAUCGUGUCUGCCAGCGUCCUGCAAAGCAAGCUCAACCCCCCUCCGCCACCCCCACUAACCCCCGCCGUCUUCUCUGCCGCCUCUCGAUUCUGGAGUGGUCCCCCUCUUCCAGGACAGCAGCCAGGACCGUCUCAGGACAUCAAACCCUUUGCCCAGCCGGCCUACCCCAGCCAACCACCCCUGCCGCCCACGCUCGCCAGUUAUGAGCCCCUGGCCCCACUCCCACCACCCGCCUCUGCCGUGCCAGUCUGGCAGGACCGAACCAUCGCCUCCUCUCGGCUGCGGCUGCUCGAGUACUCAGCCUUCAUGGAGGUGCAGCGGGACCCCGACACGUACAGCAAACACCUGUUCGUGCACAUCGGCCAAACCAAUCCGGCCCUCUCAGACCCCCCUCUGGAGGCAGUGGAUGUACGACAGAUCUAUGACAAGUUCCCGGAGAAGAAAGGCGGCCUGCGGGAGCUGUACGAGAGGGGUCCGCCAAGCGCUUUCUUCCUCGUCAAGUUCUGGGCCGACCUGAACAGCACUGUCCAGGAUGGACCGGGGGCCUUCUACGGGGUCAGUGCCCAAUACAGCUCAGCCGAUAGCAUGACCAUCAGCGUUUCCACUAAAGUCUGCUCUUUUGGCAAACAGGUGGUGGAGAAGGUGGAGACAGAGUACGCGCGGCUGGAGGGUGGCCGCUUUGUGUACCGAAUCCACCGUUCGCCCAUGUGUGAGUACAUGGUCAACUUCAUCCACAAACUCAAACAUCUGCCUGAGAAGUACAUGAUGAACAGCGUCCUAGAGAACUUCACCAUCCUGCAGGUGGUGACGAGCCGGGACUCACAGGAGACGCUUCUGGUCGUAGCCUUUGUGUUUGAGGUCUCUACAAGCGAGCACGGCGCCCAGCAUCAUGUCUACAAGCUGGUCAAGGACUAGUUCAGCCCCCUCCCCAGCCUCCCCACUCCCCCGAGGCCUGGGCCAGGACCUGUCUCCUCCCCGCCAAACCUCUACCUACCCCACUGCCCUGGGGGACUGUGCCAGAAUUGCCCCCUUUCCUCCAACUCCCCCUGGCUUGGGCCAGGAUGUGACUUGACCCUCCCCGUGAGGGCCUGUGCCGUGUUUUGAAGAAGAGGAAAGAAGACAGAGCUGGAGCACGGGGACUGAGGGCGACAGGAAUUUCCCACCACUCCUUCAUCCAACUUGCCAAGAUCCAGCCUGGGUCCGUGGCUGCUGGCAGGAGGGAAGCACCCCAGGGUUGGGUUCCUGGGGGGAGGGGGUUGGCUCUUGGUAGGGGUCCGGGGGAAGGAGAGAGAGGUGGUCAGGGUGGAAACAGAGCAGGGGUUAGAGACGGUCUGAGGAAGCUUACCCUACGUCAACAGAAGUGGCUGCACUGAGGGGGGUGGUCCCCGUGAGCAGAGGUGGGGGAGUAGGGGCUGGGACGGA